UUUAAAUCUCGAAGUUGGCGCCGUUCUCGCGAUCAGGUUGUCAAACUUUCGCAGCGAAUUUUUCCAAAAUAAGAAAAUCUUUUUAGGAAAGUCGCCGAAAAAAGCAUCGACGAUGUGCUUUUCCGCAAUUUUCCCAACAAGCACGCGAAAACCGUGAAAUUCGCCGACUGUCGCCCCGAGAAAGUAGCCUGUCGUGAACAUAACCUCAAAAAAUAAGACGCUGUCAUUACAAUAAAAAUUGAUUUUUUCGUCUAUUUUCCAUUAGGUAUCGUUAAAUAUGACUUUAAUUUAAGCAACCAACAAUGUGGCCAGUGCUGUUGGAUAUGACAAAAGAAGAAUCCAUGCAGAGUUUACGAAAUUUAGAAUUGGAAGCGUACGCCCAUCUGGUGUCAGCGUUGCGUGCACAAGGUCCCCUCAACCCUGACAAGCGCAAACUCCUGAAGGACACCAGCCAGGUACUCAACAUCCCUCAGGACCGACACAAGGCUGAGAUACGCAGAGCCGUGAACGACGAAAAGCUCAAUACGAUCGCAUAUCACGUCACGGGGUUGACGGAGUCUCUCGAAGACUGGGCGCAAGAGGGGCGCCGAUCCGUGCCCCUGAUUCCUAGAAUGGCCCCCCAGACCGCCUACUCCGCCAUCGCGGACGAGGUGGCGGAGUCCGCCAACCUGACCAACAAACAACUGCCACAUCCAGCGAGCACGGAGCGCAAGAGGCCCCCGUCGCAGCCCGCUCUGCAGCUAGUGCCCGAGACGAGCAAGGGGGCCUCCUUCCGAGUUCCCGACACGCCGAAGAGCGACGACAGCAAGAAGCGGAAAAUGCCGAUCUGCACCGAGAACAGCAGCCUGGCGCAGCACCUGCUGGGGGCCCCCAAGAUGAGCCGCACCCAGCAGAUUUACAGGCAAGAAUUUGUGUCUUGGACUCGACAAACGAGCGGAACUAAAAAAAAUUUCAGGCAACGAACAAAGAGCGCCUUUUUGAAAGACCAAAUGAAGCUGAAGCCCCAGCCCAAGCUGCCCUUCAGCCCGCUCAUCCAGACGUCGAACGGGCCCAAGAUCAACGUGGUGCAGAACGUGGUGGUGCCGCCCCCCGGGGGCGGCGAGGAGACCAUCGAGCAGAUCCAGAACGAGAUCAACAGCUACAACGUGCAAAAGUCCGAGACGCAGCCGAGUUGUUCCAACGAAAAUCAAGCGCCGCGCCCCAAGGUGCUCACCCCCAUCAAGCCGUCGCCCCUCACCUUCAAGCAAAUCACGACCACCGCCGCCAGCCCCACCGACAUCAAGACCGUCAAAGUCUGCCCUAAGAAGACCAUCGCCAAGUCCGGGACCCCCCUGGGCCAGAAGCUCAUCGUCGUCUCCAACGCUCAAACCAUCCCCAGCAGCAGCAUCCUCCAGAAGACGUUGUCCAUUCCCCUGGUCAAGAACAUCUCCGUCAAGAACCUGGAGAAGUUCAAAAUCGUGACGACGAGCACCCCACAAAUCGUCACUGCCGGAAAUAAUAUCAACUCGUUCAAGCAUAAAGUCGUCACGGUGAAGACUAACCCGACCAAGAAGGUGUUCCCUUUGAGCCUGCUGAAUUCCAAGGGCGGGAUCAAGGUGCUGCCGAUCGGCGGGAAGAUCGUGGGGAAGACGACGACGACGACGGCGUCGUCGCCCCUGUACAUCGUCAACACGGUGGGCCCGAGGUUGGCGGCGCAGCCGGCCGCCGAGCCGCCCCCAAGCCCCAGCAAGGAGAACGGGAAGAGUUCGGUCUUGGGGGAUAUCCUGAAGGCGUCGGGGGUGACGACGGACGAUUUCGACACGCAGAUCGAGGAGUUCCGGAUCCCGAACAACCACGCGGGGGACGGGGACGGGGAGGUGCAGGAGCAGGUGGAGGAGGAAGAGACGGGCACGGAAAAGGAGGAUUUUAUAAUUUUACAUGAGAGUGAAGAAAUCGUGGAAGACACGGAGGUGAAAAACGAAGAGAUCAAAGAAAACGACGAACAGUUUUCGAACGUGGAAACAGAAAUCCAGAGCGAAGACAGUGAGACAGUGAUUUUCCAAGUUCAAAAUUCGGAAUUGACAAGUGUUAGUGAUGCAACUGGUAACUGAUAUUUAUUUAUUUUCUAAUUUAUUCUCAUUAAAUUAAUUAAGCCGUUAUUAUUUUUUUAAUUAGAUGCACUAGUUAUUCAUUUGUACAUCCACUAUUUUUAACGGACAUGUUUUGCUCAAUAAAUGUUCAACUUUU